CAGUACAUCAGAAAAUUCAUACUGGUGUGAAAGAUUAUAUGUGCUUUGAGUGUGAGAAAACUUUUACUUCAGCAAACUGUUUAAAACUGCAUCAGAGAAUUCACACUGGAGAAAAACCUUACAAGUGUUCACACUGUGACAAGAGAUUCAGUCAGUCAUCAUCUCUGAAAACACACGAGAGGAUCCACAGCAGAGAGAAGCCGCACACGUGUGAUCAGUGCGAAAUGAGUUUCUCUUUUAAAAGUCACCUGAAGCGACACAUGAGGAUCCAUGCAGUGAAGAAACCACAUCACCGUAGUCUGAAAUCACAGCAGGACUACCAGAAAGCAUCUGGAAGGAGAGGACAGAGAGAAUGUGAGUGAUCCUGAAAAUCAAGGCUGAAGACUCACAUGAGAGUUCACUCUGGGAAGAAGCGCUCUGAUAUCACAUCUGCCUUCUCAUUCUGAAGAAAAGACCAUUAACU